GCCAUCACAGAUAGCCGACAACCUUCCACGUGGCAGCAGCCCAGUUCAUUUGAAUCCAGACCUAUAUAAACCACUCACUGUCUCAAACUUCUGAAAAUUCUACUUCAUCUUCUCCAGUGGACCUGUCAUUCUUCUGUGUGUCUUUCGUGGGUGGAACUUUCUCUGCCCCCAUUUUCCCGGAAAAUUUGAAAAAGAACAAAAAUGCAAAGCAAAACCCUGAUAGCUCAUCACCCUCUUCACUCCCCUCUCCUCCAAAACCUCACUCACACUGCUCUUUCUCACCCCUCACUCUUCUUCACCACCAACCCACCAUAUUUCUCUUCGACCCCAGGCCUUAACCACACAUCUGGCCUCCCAAAGCUACGCUUCUCACCCCCCAUACGCCGUCGUAAUCGACUGGUGACUGCCUGCAUUGUUGACGGGGUUUGUGAAGGAGAUGAUGGGAAAGAUUCUUUAGUGUCUAAAGAAGUUGUGGAGGUGAAGAAAGAAGAGUUGGAGAGUCAGAGCUUAUGGAACCAAAUGAAGGAGAUUAUAAUGUUUACAGGACCCGCCACUGGGCUUUGGAUUUGUGGACCCCUUAUGAGCCUCAUCGACACUGUUGUGGUUGGCCGGGGAAGCUCUCUUGAGCUUGCUGCUUUAGGUACUUCAUUCAGAUUUACUUUAGUUUUUUUUUUAAUUUGGGUUUAUUUUUUUAUGGGUAGAUUUUUAGCUGAGCUCUGUUUAUUGGUUUUCAAUGCAGGCCCUGGAACUGUGAUGUGUGAUAAUAUGAGUUAUGUGUUCAUGUUCCUUUCUAUUGCAACUUCAAAUAUGAUUGCUACUGCGCUUGCAAAAGGGGAUAGAAAUGAAGUGCAGCAUCACAUAUCCAUCUUGCUCUUUGUUGGAUUGACCUGUGGCUGCUUAAUGCUUUUAUUUACAAGAUUUUUCGGUUCAUGGGCGCUAACUGCUUUUGCUGGAUCAAAGAAUGGGCAUAUUAUUCCUGCAGCAAAUACAUAUGUUCAGAUACGAGGUUUGGCAUGGCCUGCAAUUCUUGUUGGUUGGGUUACUCAGAGUGCAAGUCUUGGCAUGAAAGAUUCCUGGGGUCCUUUGAAGGCCUUGGCUGUAGCCAGUGUUAUAAAUGGCAUUGGUGAUGUAGUCCUUUGCAGUUUUUUAGGCUAUGGUAUUGCUGGUGCAGCAUGGGCAACAAUGGUGUCACAGGUUGUUGCAGGAUACAUGAUGAUUGAAGCUCUGAACAAGAAAGGAUACAAUGCCUAUGCCAUCUCUGUUCCCUCGCCCGAAGAAUUUUUAACAGUACUUGGGCUUGCUGCUCCAGUGUUUGUGACAAUGAUUUCUAAGAUAGCUUUCUUCUCUCUCGUUGUAUAUUUUGCGACGUCAAUGGGAACAAACAUCACGGCUGCUCAUCAGGUCAUGAUCCAAACAUUAUUCAUCUGUACUGUGUGGGGCGAACCUCUCUCUCAAACUGCACAAUCAUUUAUGCCUGAGUUGAUAUAUGGCGCAAAUCGUAGUUUGCCCAAGGCUCGAAUGCUGCUCAAGUCACUUGUCAUUGUUGGAGCUAUCAUUGGUUCAGUAUUAGGAAUUGGAGGAACAUGUGUUCCAUGGUUGUUUCCGAACAUCUUUACACCUGACCAAAAGAUCAUACAGGAGAUGCAUAAAGUGCUGAUACAAUUUUUUUUGGCACUGGCUGUGACACCUGCCAUUCUCUGCUUUGAGGGAACACUGCUGGCCGGACGAGAUCUAAGAUUUAUUAGUCUGUCAAUGAGUGGAUGCUUGUCUUUAGGUGCACUUCUACUGCUGUUUGUGAGUAGUAGAGGAUAUGGCCUAGCAGGCUGCUGGUGGGCAGUGGUAGGAUUUCAAUGGGCUCGGCUUUUUCUCUCCCUAGGACGCCUUGUAUCUCCUACCGGCAUACUUUACUCCGAAGAUAUGAGCCAGUAUAAUCUGGAAGAACUCAGAACUGUUUAGUUUAGGAAUCAUACAAAUACAUGAGAUAAGUGGUCGUAACAUCUUGGUAAGGAUCAAAAUUCACGUUUCAGUGUUAAUGUAUGACGAAUUAUCCGAAAAUGAGGUUAGCACUACUCUUUUAUCUGCAACAAGGCUGAAAGCAAGCAGAGGUGCUGCCUCAAGCAUGUCGUCCAAUAAAAGCGUCAGUAGAUAUGAUACCUUAUGUUAGCAUGCUCUCAUUCAUAUUCCAAUCCUUAACUAGUUGGCAUAUCUCUUGUCUACAAUCAUAAAAUCAGGCUAAUGUAACUUUUAUGGAGUCAUUUUACAUGUCCCUUCUCUCUAAUAUUAUAAAGUCAUGCCGCCUAACUUACGGAGUCUUUCAAAUAUUUCCUGUGUACAAUCGUGGUGUUUCUUCCCUUCUGCCUUGAAUUCAUUAAAUCUGUUUGAAGCACUGGUUGUCUCUUCUCUAGCUAGUUUUAAAAAUUUAGUGAUGGAAAAAAAUUCAUUGUAUAAUAUAUGCAGGAUCACUGGGUUCUGUAGGGCAUGAUUUUACCCUAAACAACGCAACGCAAUGCUCAAACUCAAUUGUAUCUUUACAAAUUUCAAAAGAUGCAUUAAGUGAAGAGAACAUGCCUAAAUAAUCUAGUUCUACUCUAUUCUCAAAGUGGGAAUAAAUAAAAAUAAAAAAAACUAAUACACUGGUGAGGAUGAAUUAAAUGGAUCUUCAUCACUCACAACUCAUCUUAUACAAAAUUUAUAUUGACGAAAAGCCUCAAUAUAGCUGCAUCUUUCUUGACUAGCCAGCAUGGCUUAAAAAAGAAAUUGAAAACUCAGAAAUUGGAUGUAAAGUGGAUACUUCUAUUUAUAGUACGAAAAAGAGACCUGCACCCGAAAAAAAGAAAAAAAAAAGAAAAGAAGGUGCCCGGUAGUAAACACCAGCAAAAUUCAAGCUUCCUUCCUAGUUAUCCU